AUGGAGGUGCAGGCGGCGGGCCUCAUCCGCACAGACAGCACUGACUACUUCAUUGAGCCCCUGGAGCGGGGGCAGCAGGAGACGGAGGCCAGCGGGAGGAUGCACGUGGUGUACCGCCGGGAAGUCGUCCAGCAGGCGUGGACAGAACCUCUCGGGGACCUUCACAAUGAAGCUUUUGGCCUGGGUGACCUUCCCAACCUGCUGGGCCUGGUAGGGGACCGGCUGGGAGAAGCAGAGCGGAAGCGGCGACAUGCCAAGCCGGGCAGCUACAGCAUGGAGGUGCUGCUGGCGGUGGACGACUCGGUGGUGCGCUUCCACGGAAAGGAACACGUGCAGAACUACGUCCUCACCCUCAUGAACAUCGUGGAUGAGAUUUACCACGAUGAGUCCCUGGGGGUCCACAUAAACAUCGCCCUUGUCCGCUUGAUCAUGGUUGGCUACCGACAGUCCCUGAGCCUGAUCGAGCGCGGGAACCCUUCUCGCAGCCUGGAGCAGGUGUGUCGCUGGGCGCACUCUCAGCAGCGCCAGGACCCCGGCCACGCGGAGCACCACGACCACGUCGUCUUCCUCACCCGGCAGGACUUUGGGCCCUCAGGGUACGCGCCUGUUACUGGCAUGUGCCACCCCCUGAGAAGCUGUGCCCUUAACCACGAAGAUGGCUUCUCCUCGGCCUUCGUGGUGGCCCACGAGACCGGCCACGUGCUCGGCAUGGAGCACGAUGGUCAGGGGAACGGCUGCGCGGAUGAGACCAGCCUGGGCAGCGUCAUGGCGCCCCUGGUGCAGGCUGCCUUCCACCGCUUCCACUGGUCCCACUGCAGCAAGCUGGAACUCAGCCGCUACCUCCCCUCCUAUGACUGCCUCCUUGAUGAUCCCUUUGCACCUGCCUGGCCCCGGCCCCCGGAGCUGCCCGGCAUUGACUACUCAAUGGACGAGCAAUGCCGCUUUGACUUCGGCACUGGGUACCACACCUGCUCAGCGUUCAGGACCUUCGAGGCCUGCAAGCAGCUGUGGUGCAGCCACCCUGACAACCCUUACUUUUGCAAGACCAAGAAGGGGCCCCCGCUGGACGGGACGGAGUGCGCGCCAGGCAAGUGGUGCUUCAAAGGUCACUGCAUCUGGAAGUCGCCGGAGCAGACUUAUGGCCAGGAUGGAGGCUGGAGCUCCUGGACUAAGUUCGGGUCAUGUUCACGGUCGUGUGGGGGCGGGGUUCGAUCCCGUAGCCGGAGCUGUGACAAUCCCCCCCCAGCCUAUGGAGGCCGCCUGUGCUCGGGGCCCACGUUCCAGUACCAGGUCUGCAAUGGCGAGGAGUGUCCGGGGCCCUACGAGGACUUCCGGGCCCAGCAGUGCGCCAAGCGCAACUCCUAUUACGUCCACCAGAAUGCCAAGCACAGCUGGAUCCCCUACGAGCCGGACGACGACGCCCAGAAGUGUGAGCUGAUCUGCCAGUCAGAGGACACAGGGGACGUGGUCUUCAUGAACCAGGUGGUCCACGACGGAACUCGCUGCAGCUACCGGGACCCGUACAGCAUCUGUGCCCGCGGCGAGUGUGUGCCCGUCGGCUGUGACAAGGAGGUGGGGUCCAUGAAGGCAGAUGACAAGUGUGGGGUCUGUGGCGGCGACAACUCUUACUGCAGGACUGUGAAGGGGACUCUGGGCAAGGCCUCCAAGCAGGCAGGAGCUCUCAAGCUGGUGCAGAUUCCAGCAGGUGCCAGGCACAUCCAGGUUGAGGAGCUGGAGAAGGUCCCCCACCACAUUGCGGUGAAGAACCAGGUCACAGGCAGCUUCAUCCUCAACCCCAAGGGCAAGGAAGCCACGAGCCGGACCUUCACUGCAAUGGGCCUGGAGUGGGAGUACGCGGUGGAGGAUGCCAAGGAGAGCCUCAAGACCAGUGGGCCCCUGCCGGAAGCCAUUGCCGUCCUGGUGCUCCCCCCAGCUGAGGGCAGCCCCCGCAGCAGCCUGGCCUACAAGUACGUCAUCCACGAGGACCUGCUGCCCCUUAUUGGGAGCAACAACGUGCUCCUGGAGGAGACGGACACCUACGAGUGGGCACUCAAGAACUGGGCACCCUGCACCAAGGCCUGCGGAGGAGGGAUCCAGUUCACCAAGUACGGCUGCCGGCGCCGACGAGACCACCACAUGGUCCAGCGGCACCUGUGCGACCACAGGAAGAGGCCCAAGCCCAUCCGCCGGCGCUGCAACCAGCACCUGUGUGCCCAGGCUGCGUGGGUGACGGAGGAGUGGGGCACCUGCAGCCGGAGUUGUGGGAAGCUGGGGGUGCAGACUCGGGGAGUGCAGUGCCUGCUGCCCCUCUCCAACGGUACCCACAAGGCCAUGCCAGCCAAGGCCUGCCCCGGGGACCGGCCCGAGGCCCGCCGGCCCUGCCACCGCGUGCCCUGUCCAGCCCAGUGGCGGACAGGAGCCUGGUCCCAGUGCUCCGUCACUUGUGGAGAGGGCGUCCAGCUGCGGCAGGUGGUGUGCCGGGCCAACGCCAGCAGCCUGGGGCAGUGUGAGGGGGACAAGCCGGACACGGUCCAGGUCUGCAGCCUGCCCGCCUGCGGAGGAAAUCUCCAGAACUCCACAGUGAGGGCUGACUUCCGGGAACUUGUGACCCCAGAGGGGGAAUGGGUGCCACAAUCUGGGCCCCUAGAUCCCAUCAACAAGAUAUCGUCAACGGAGCCCUGUGUGGAGGACAGGUCCAUCUUCUGCCAGAUGGAAAUGCUUGAUCGUUACUGCUCCAUCCCCGGCUACCACCGGCUGUGCUGUGAGUCCUGUACCAAGAAGGCCUCGGGCCCUGACGCGAGCCCGGACCCCAGCCUGGCCUCACCACCACCCUUCUCCACUCCUGGGAGCCCCUUCCGAGGACCCAAGGCCCCUCCAGAGGCUGUGGAGCCCACUGUGGGACCAGCGGGAUCAGACGACCAUCAGCCUGGCCGACCCACACAGCUCCCAGGACCUCUGGGCACAAGCUCCCCAGUGAGCCAGCGCCGCUUUGCUGACCAGAAACUGAACCCUACAGUGUUCUGGGGCACUUCCCCUAGUGCCCCCCGGGGACUGCCCUGGGGCUGGGCUGGGGCCCCUACACCAGUCUCUGAAGAUAAAGGGCAGCUCAGGGAAGACGCGAAGCAUCCAGGCACCAGCCUUCCCACCACCUCCCCAGUGACAUGAGCCUCGCCUUGCC